UCGAUGUGUGGAAUCAGUUGACAACGCGACCUCAAAGUGUGCGCAGUGCAGCAGAGCUAAAAAGAUCAAAUUUGUCGAAAAUGUCACGGAAGCAAGCGCAGCUAGUGCUCGACGAGAAGGAGAAACCGAAGGAGGAGUGGGGCAAUGGCUUGGAGUUUCUCUUCUCCUGCAUCUCCUUGUCUGUGGGCCUGGGCAACAUUUGGCGCUUUCCCUACAUAGCUUUUCAAAAUGGCGGUGGCACCUUCGUAAUACCCUAUUUGAUAGCGCUGCUGGUCAUCGGACGACCCGUCUACUAUUUAGAGAUCUCACUGGGUCAGUUUCGUGGCGGCGGCGUAUUACGCGCCUUCGAUCUGGCACCACUGCUCAAGGGCGUCGCUGCCGGCCAGGUGCUAGCCACAAGCGCCUCCAUCACCUACUAUUCGAGCAUAAUGGCAUUAACGUUGCGUUUCCUGCUGGCCUCGUUCAGUGCUGAGCUGCCCUGGAGCACCUGUCGACAGAGCUGGGGCAGUGAUUGCCACGAUGGUAGCUCGGUGAAUGCCAGCGGGAAAAUGGCACCAGCUCAGCUCUACUUUGAGCGUGAAAUUCUCCAUGAGCUGCCCAACUUAGAUGAGGGUGUCGGUGUGCCCAAUUGGCAGCUGGUCGCUUGCUUAGCUGUGGCUUGGCUCAUCAUUGGCGCCGUGCUCAUACGUGGCAUCAAGAGCAGUGGCAAGGCCGCCUACUUUCUGGGCGUAUUUCCGUAUGUGGUGCUAUUGCUGCUGUUGUUGCGUGCGGUGACGCUGCCUGGAGCAUGGGAUGGCAUUGUCUACUUCUUUAAGCCACAAUGGAAGGAGCUGCUCAAUCCACUGGUAUGGUAUGCCGCAGUUACCCAGGUCUUCUUCUCGCUGGCCAUUUGCUUUGGCACCGUGAUUACGUAUGCCUCCUAUAACAAUUUCCACCGGAAUGUGUACAACGACAUUGUUAUCAUCACAACAAUGGACUCGUGCUCCUCGAUAAUUGCUGGCUGCAUUACGUUUGGCAUUCUGGGCAAUUUGGCCAAACAGACGGGCAUCACGGACAUCGGCAGCGUCGUGAAAGGCGGCACUGGCCUGGCCUUCAUCUCGUAUCCGGAGGCAAUUGCCAAAUUUGAGUAUGUGCCACAGAUGUUUGCGGUCCUCUUCUUUUUGAUGCUAUUUGUAUUAGGCAUUGGCAGCACCGUCGGCAUGGGCUCCUGCAUCUUACGCGUCAUCCGCGACCAAUUUGGCAAACGUGCUGGUCCCAGCUGGGCCCUGGCUGGCGCUCUAGUUGCACUCGGCUUUGGCGUGAGCAUCGUUUAUGUGACACCCGGCGGGCAGUUCAUAGUCAAUCUGAUCGAUUUCUAUGGCGUUUCCUUUACCGCUCUAAUACUUGCCAUUGGCGAGCUGCUGGCCGUGGCCUGGUUCUAUGGCGUGCGGCGCUUCUGCGCGGAUAUCAAAUUCAUGAUGGGCAUUGAAACGGGCUGGUAUUGGCGUUUGUGCUGGGCUUACAUUACGCCCGGUCUGAUGGCCGCUGUGCUGCUCUACACGCUGCUCAACAUGGAGGAAUUGAAAUACAAAGGCGUGCCAUAUCCUCGUAUCGCCAAUGUCUUUGGCUACAUCUUGGCUGCCUUGGGUCUGUUACAAUUGCCUGGCUGGGCUCUUUAUGCCUACUACAAACAGCGCAAAGCUGGCAAUAGCAUUUGGCAGCGCCUUUGUGCUGCUAGCAGGCCAGCCGAGUCGUGGACACCAGCCAUUGCACAGAUGCCACAGCAGUAACCAACGUUGCGUAUACGUAAUGUGUUUAGAGCAUGUGUCAAGUGCAUGUGGAAGUGUUUAAACUAGAAUGUGUAGAGAGUACGAAAAAUACAAUCUUUUGACAACGUCAAAAAAAAAACUAAAGUCAAACAACAAAGUUCAUUGUGUUGGGUGUAAACACAGACAGCAAAUUUACUAGAAGAUAAAAAAAAAAUGAAAGCAAAAACAAAAAACAAACUUUAUAUUGACACACACAUGAAAUACCCUUUGUGACAUAGUAGUGCUGCUGUCUGCAGUUUUAUGAUUAAUUAAAUUCUUGGCUAAAAGCAAAAAUUAUGUUUUUCACAAAGUUUCUAACAACUAAGUGAAUAGAAUAUGUAUGUAGCUGCAUUUUACAGUUUCUAAUGACGACGCUGCUGAAGUUUAAAUGCUGUAACUGCGAGAGUAUAUAAAAUGCUGCUGUUUGCAACUGGAGCGACAACAACGACAGCAACAACUGAGAACAACUUGAACAACAACUCGAACAACAACAAUAUGGAUAAACUGAGGGAGCAGCCAACUGCAAACGCUUUUAAUUACCCCAGGGC